AUGUUUGACAGCUCGCAGUAUCCCUACAAUUGCUUCAAUUACGACGCUGAAGACUACCCAGCCGGCAGCUCCGACGAGGAGAAGCGGCUCACGCGGCCCGCGUACAGCUACAUCGCGCUGAUCGCCAUGGCCAUUCAGCAGAGCCCCUCGGGCAGGGUGACCCUGUCUGGCAUCUACGACUUCAUCAUGCGCAAGUUCCCCUACUACCGAGCCAACCAGCGCGCCUGGCAGAACUCCAUCCGCCACAACCUGUCCCUCAACAGCUGCUUCGUCAAGGUGCCCCGGACCGAGGGCCACGAGAAGGGCAAGGGCAACUACUGGACGUUCGCGGGCGGCUGCGAGUCGCUGCUGGACCUCUUCGAGAAUGGCAACUACCGGCGGAGGCGGCGGCGCCGUGGCCCCAAGCGCGAGGGGGCGGAGCAGGAGCGCGCGGGGGGCGCGGAGGGGCCUCCGGGGCCGCCUGAGCCGGCCCCCCACCGCCAGCCCGCGGCCCUGGGGAAGGAGGAGCCCAGGGGCAUCAAGUUCAGCAUUGACUACAUCCUGUCCUCGCCCGACCCUUUUCCGGGGCUCAAGUGUCCCUACCGCCCGCAGGAGGGCAGAAACCCCCAGCCAGAGACCCAGCCAAUGGACCUCCACCUUUGGACAAUAUGA